ACAAGACAGAGAAAAUGAAUCAAUGAGAAAAGGAAAGGUUUAUUUCAAGAACCUCUUUUGUAUUGUUCAUUAUUUGUUUCUAAAAUAUGUAAAAUGUUUGACGGUAAAUGCUGAAAAGAUGCUCAAAGACUAAGAACAAUACAGUAAGACUGAAUUCAAGUGUUAAACCCGUUUGCGCCAUCUCUGUUGUCUGUAUUAUUAGGGCAGAGGUAAAAACUAGCCAAAUUACACACAUAGGCUUGGGUAUAUACAUACUUUCUGCCGUGAGUCGGCCCUCCCCCACAAUAUAAGUAUUGAGCACCAUUGUUUCAUCGAUGGCCAUCGUUGCAAAAAGUUACUCACUUCGUUGUAACUAAGUUACUUUGGCCAAUUCUAACGCAACUUGAAAAAAAUGCAUCUUCCCUAAAGUGUUAUGCUACGCACCGUGUUCUGAGCAAGACUGCAAAUUCAACAGCUUCACAGCAAAUUGGCCAGCUACUGGUAGCAUAUAGUAGUAGUAGUAGUAGUCAUAGUGUCAUGAGCCAGGCUGAACCACAGCCAAGAGGGGCAUGGCCACUGCUCGGGGCAGUGACAGGUGUCAUAGUUUGUCUCCUAGUCAUCAGACUUCGCUGCAUGUCUUUUGGAUCUUGCUUAGCCUAGCGUUUUAUGUACCUUAGCUUUCUCGGACCGCUUACACCAUGUAUGACAUCAACUUUGAAUAGAACUACACCUAACAUCAUGUCCUCGUCUCGGAGUUCCGCAUUUGGGUCCAGCCCCGCACUGGAGGUUCGUGACACAUAGUAGUAGUAGUCGUGGUCAUAGUCUUAGAGGUAGUAGUAGUAAUUGCUUGUGGCUUUGGUGACGGAUGUCUAAUACUCCACAGCCUUGUUUCAUGUGUAGAUCCACACAACGGAGACACUUCGGGGAAAGUUUUGUCUUGUUCGGUGUUGCUGUGUGUGUGGCAAUGUUAAGUGAUUACUGAACAGAGGGGCUCCGCCGGUAGUUGAUUAUACACACUUGAGUUCAUAUUUGUACAAACAUAUUUGAAUGACACACCCAUAUGGUCCAACAACCUUGGCAACCCGGUUAUAUUUAUCAUGAUUUUCAUAGGUGUGAAGUCUCAUUUCAUAUAUUUGGUGUUGUUUUUCUGCUGCAUACUGUAUGUACCCUGUGGUGGCACGAUGGACGACUGAUUAGCAAGUUUGCGUCGGAGUUCUGAGGGUCGGGGUUAAAAUCCUGGCCCCGCCUGCACCGUUUUUUUCCGGGUACUCUGGGUUCAAUCUGGGUUAAAAUCUUUCAUGGUGGUAUUUUUCAAUGCAUGUAUGCAUUGAUUAGCCGCCGACCUGUUCAGGGGAUACCCCCGCAGCCAGCUCCAGCACGCCUCCGAAUUAUCAGAGUCAUUCUCAAGUGUUGUACUUUCAGUUUGAAUGUAAAGUGAUCAUUUGGUGGUAUUGGCUGUGCGAACGGGGGAAAUUUUGUGUCACUCACGUUGAGGGCAGCCAAAUAUUGACAGCAGACUUUGACAUUGGCGCCGCUUGGGGACAAAAGCCCUGGGGGACGAGCGCUAUCGUAACAGAUCACAGAAUGGACAAGAUGUCUUGUAUUACUCGGUGAGUUGCAGCUCUUGUUAUAAAUGGAUCAAAAAUAGCCAUUCGUGUACUGUAUGUUUUUCUAUGGACCAGAAGCUAACGUGGCCUCGCUUCAACAAACAGAUCCAACUGUCUCUUGCCUUCUAGUUGUCUGUUUUUAUUGGCCUUUAAAUCCUGGCAACAGUUCACUCCGGACCCUCCGAUGCAGGGCCAAAUCCAGUCCCCCGGGUACCCCAAACCCUACCCACCCAACCUAAGGAAGCAGUGGGACCUGAGUGUGCCUGAGGGUUUCCAGCUGCACCUCACCUUCACCCACCUGGACAUCGAGGAGUCUCCGGACUGCCGCUACGACGCCCUUACAAUUUUUUACGGCAACAGGAUCCUGGGGAAGUUUUGUGGCUAUGAAAAUUCUACUGACGAGCAGACAGCUGUCUUGUCUCCAGGAAAUAGACUCACCCUGGUGUUCCAAACGAAUGGCAGCAACACAAAAGGACAGAAUGUGGGCUUCUCUGCUAACUACCGCGCUACAGUAUCCUGCGGCAGGGGGAUAUUUAACGAGCCAAUGGGGUACCUGUCCAGCCCACGAUAUCCCCGCUCGCCCCCCCAUGCAGUAUCCUGCCAGUAUGUCAUCUCCGUGAAAACUGGCUUCACAGUCACUCUCAAAUUCUCGGACUACUUCCACAUCGAAAGCAACGUGACUGCGCAAGAUCUCACCUGUCCUCAUCAUUGGCUUCAGGUGACAAUCCCUGGCGCUGAGCCCUGGAAGCUGUGCGGUGGGAGGAGCCCAGGCGUGAUAGCCACAAACUCCAGCCGGGUCACUCUGGACUAUCACACGGAUGAAAAAGACCUGAGUAACGGCUGGAGACUGGAAUACAGCACACACAGGGUCAGGUGUCCACAUCCUGGUGCGGUCGCUAACGGAAUUGUUCCUUCUUUCCUGACAAACUUCUUCUACGGGGAUUAUGUAUUUGUGCAUUGUAACCCAGGACACAGGUUGAUGAUGGAUGGUCAAGAGAUGGAGAGUUUCUCGACAAAGUGCCAAAAAAAUGGACAGUGGCAUCGCCGCCUGCCAGAAUGCCAAUUAAUCCGUUGUAAAGAACCAGAACCAUUGCAGAACGGAUGGGUGAAGUACUUGUCUGGUUCACGGAAUGAGUACCUGUCUGUUAUCCAGUAUGGCUGUAUUUCAACUUUCCACUUUCACCAUGGUGGCGAUAAUGUUACAUUCACGUGUCAAGCAGACGGCCAGUGGAGGUCAAAUACGGCAAAUGUUGUCACGCCUUUAUGCAGUCCAGCGUGUGGGCGGCCUACCGCGUCUGUCCUUGCCCGUCAGAGCAACGUGACGAGCGGCACUGCUCCCAAAGGCGCCCUUCCAUGGCAAGCGGUGCUGAGGGUCCACGGAAGCAGAGCGGCCGCCAUGGUGAUCGGCGACCGCUGGCUCAUGACGACCGCGCACAGCCUCGUUCACAGUGGACGUCUGGAGGAGCCGGAAAAUGUGCAGAUUUAUGUGGGCCACACGGACAUCGCCUCCAUGCUCGGCACGCCCGUGUCCCCCGCGUCGUUGCACGUCCAUCCUGGCUACAACAACGCCGACGGGCUGAACUUCGACAACGACAUUGCCUUGAUCAGACUGGAGGAAGCGCUCACCUUCAGCGCAUCUCUCAUGCCGAUAUGCUUGCCCACAGAUGACGCCCUGUACCACAGCGACAAAGUGGGAGUGAUUUCAGGCUCCGUCAUGACAUUGCAAAGAGGGAGACGUGUAUUGGUAAAUAAGCAGAUGUACUCGCACUUACCCGUGGUCGGCCAGGACACGUGCCAGAGUUCAAUCAGCACGUGGUCGACAUUGCGAAGGGUCCGCGUCCCAACCUUGACAGACAACAUGUUCUGUGCCGGACCUCAGGAAGUCGGGCUUGUGUUUUGCUAUGGUUUCGGAGGAUCGCCCUUCGCUGUCUAUGACAAUGCAUCCUACUGGGCUGCGGGCAUCGUCAGCUGGGGCACGGGCUGCGGUGAACCCGGGACUUAUGAGGUCUUUACCAAAGUUAUCAACUACGUGGACUGGAUCAGAAAAACAAUUCAGGACAACAAUUGAUC